GGUGGCGCUGCGUGGAGCGGGUAGACAGCGGGUGGCGUCUCUUUCUAAGCGUACCCGGGAGCUAUCGCUAGCCUCGCCGCCAGCAUGAGUCGUAACUACAACGAUGAGCUACAGUUCUUGGACAAGGUCAAUAAAAACUGCUGGAGGAUCAAGAAGGGCUUUGUGCCCAACAUGCAGGUUGAAGGAGUGUUUUAUGUGAAUGACGCUCUGGAAAAACUAAUGUUUGAGGAAUUGAGGAAUGCCUGUCGAGGUGGUGGUGUUGGUGGCUUCCUGCCAGCCAUGAAGCAGAUUGGCAAUGUGGCAGCCCUGCCUGGAAUUGUUCAUCGGUCUAUUGGGCUUCCUGACGUCCAUUCAGGCUAUGGGUUUGCCAUAGGGAACAUGGCUGCAUUCGAUAUGAACGACCCUGAGGCAGUUGUAUCCCCAGGUGGUGUCGGAUUUGAUAUUAACUGUGGUGUCCGCUUGCUAAGAACCAAUUUAGAUGAGAGUGAUGUACAGCCUGUGAAGGAACAACUUGCCCAAGCUAUGUUUGACCACAUCCCUGUUGGGGUAGGAUCAAAAGGCGUCAUUCCAAUGAAUGCCAAAGACUUGGAGGAGGCAUUGGAGAUGGGUGUGGACUGGUCCCUGAGAGAAGGCUAUGCCUGGGCUGAAGACAAGGAGCACUGUGAGGAGUAUGGAAGGAUGCUGCAAGCUGACCCCAAUAAGGUCUCACCCAGGGCAAAGAAAAGGGGCCUUCCUCAGUUGGGGACCCUGGGAGCAGGUAACCACUAUGCAGAAAUCCAGGUUGUAGAUGAGAUUUUCAAUGAGUAUGCUGCCAAGAAAAUGGGCAUCGACCAUAAGGGACAGGUGUGUGUGAUGAUCCACAGUGGAAGCAGAGGCUUGGGCCACCAAGUAGCUACAGAUGCACUGGUAGCUAUGGAGAAGGCCAUGAAGAGAGACAAGAUUAUAGUCAAUGACCGGCAGUUGGCAUGUGCUCGGAUCGCAUCCCCAGAGGGACAAGAUUAUCUAAAGGGAAUGGCUGCAGCUGGAAACUAUGCCUGGGUUAACCGCUCUUCUAUGACCUUUUUAACCCGUCAGGCUUUUGCCAAAGUCUUCAACACAACCCCUGACGACCUGGACCUGCAUGUGAUUUAUGAUGUUUCCCAUAAUAUCGCCAAAGUGGAGCAGCACGUGGUAGAUGGAAAGGAGCGGACGCUGUUGGUGCACAGGAAGGGAUCCACCCGUGCUUUCCCUCCUCACCACCCCCUCAUUGCUGUGGAUUACCAACUCACUGGACAACCAGUGCUUAUUGGUGGCACCAUGGGGACCUGUAGUUAUGUUCUGACUGGCACUGAACAAGGCAUGACUGAGACCUUUGGAACAACCUGUCAUGGAGCGGGCCGUGCCUUGUCCAGAGCAAAAUCACGUCGUAAUUUAGAUUUCCAAGAUGUCUUAGAUAAACUGGCAGAUAUGGGAAUCGCAAUCCGGGUUGCUUCACCCAAGCUGGUUAUGGAAGAGGCUCCAGAGUCCUAUAAGAAUGUGACAGACGUCGUGAACACCUGCCAUGAUGCUGGGAUCAGCAAGAAGGCCAUUAAACUGAGACCAAUUGCGGUUAUUAAAGGAUAGAUCCAAGACUCUCAAUCUCAGAGGUGCCCAUGGACUGAACUUCCUAAGACAUCAAACUCCAUUGCAGAGCUGUUGCUGUGCAUGCCACAAUGGCUGCUGGAGAGGCUGCUGUCACAGGGGUGGACAAUAGCCUUCCAGGAGACAUGUGUCUCCAGUGGGAGCAGGGCAAAUGAGCCUCUUCCUCCUUUGUUCCACAGGCUGUUGUGACUGUCUACUGGGGUGUGGGUAGGGGUCAGGAAAUGCCCUACUUGGUCAUACAAGUCUGUAAUCACCAGAGUGGACUUCUUUACACCACGCUCUGUUUCUAGCCCAGAAGGUAUCAUGGAAAACAUUCUAUUAAAUAGGUUUUUGAAUGUUUCCUU